AUGCUGCUAAUUGCUUCGCAUAAGGCUGACCCAGAGGCAAAAUUAAUUGUCUAUUUUGCUGAUGAGACGAAGAAAACGGGAGUUAAACCUAUUAGAGAAUUAACGGAGAGGAUGGAGGAAAGAAAUAUUCAUCGAGCAAUUCUUGUUACACAAAAUGUCCUCACAGCCUUCGCCAAAGAUGCGAUUGCAGAAGCAGCUCCUCGGCAUAUUAUUGAAUACUUCAUGGAAUCAGAACUCCUUGUGAAGGAAGCACAGCUACCGCGUAUUCAAGUAGCCGAUCCCGUAUCCAGAUACUUUGGACUCUCUAGGGGACAGGUGGUGAAGAUAAUUCGUCCUUCAGAGACAGCAGGAAGAUAUGUCACCUACAGGCUUGUUGUCUAA